AUGAGGGAUGGUGUUAAUGAGGAGGUGGUCGUCGUCCUCAUCGUCAUUGAUCCACUGUGGCCGUUAUCGAAGGAAUGCAUUAAGUGUCAUGGACAUGGACAACCCUUAAUACUGCAAAAGAUACAACAGUGGCUGCUUGUCUGUUUUUCAAAAUUCAGUUAUACUAAGAGAGAAAUAAGCUAUGCAUCUCUUCUUCUUAUCACUACUACCCUCAUCUUCUUUAAAACCAUAAUAUCAUCAUCAUUAUUUCACCCACGCUCUCUCCAACCCUCCAAUAACACCACCACCACUACUACUUCUUCUUCUUGUGAUUAUUCAAAUGGUAGAUGGGUUUGGGAUGACACCUACCCGCUUCAAUCCUACACCGAGGACUGCCCCUUUCUCGAUCCCGGGUUUCGGUGCCAUCGAUGCGGCCGACAAGAUUUUGAUUAUCGUAAAUGGCGUUGGCAACCCAAGGACUGUGAUCUUCCAAGAUUGAAUGCAAGUGAGUUCCUGGAUAGAAGCCGUAAUGGGCGGAUAGUUUUUGCUGGUGACUCCAUUGGAAGAAACCAAUGGGAGUCCCUGCUAUGCAUGCUGGCACAAGGAGUUACCAACCGCUCAAAUAUAAAUGAAGAAAAUGGAAACCCCAUAACUAAACACAGGGGCUAUCUUUCAUUUAAGUUCCAUGAAUACAACCUCACCGUCCAGUACUACAGGGUGCCCUUCCUCGUAACUGUCAGCCGCCCACCACAAAAUGCAUCCAACAAAGUCCGAAGCGCCAUUAGGGUCGACAAGCUGCAUUGGCACUCCAUCAAGUGGGUAGGAGCAGAUGUUCUUGUAUUCAGUGCCGGACAUUGGUGGAACCAAGAUAAAACUCUCAAAAUGGGCUCAUAUUUCCAGGAAGGAGCAAGUGUGAACAUGACAAUGAAUGUCAUGGAAGCGUUUCAAAGGUCCUUGCAAACAUGGAAGUCAUGGGCAAUCCAUAAUUUAGAUCCUAAAAGGACUCACAUCUUCUUCCGCAGCUAUUCACCAGUGCAUUUCAGGAAUGGGACAUGGAAUGAAGGGGGUCAAUGUGACAGUUAUACAACACCAGAAACAGACUACACAAAGCUCGAAGCUGAGCCACUAAAUAAUCUGUAUAUUUCUGAUGUUAUUAAACAGAUGGAAAGUGCUAACAGAAAAGCAUACUUCUUAAAUAUCACUUACCUGACGGAGUUGAGGAAAGAUGGUCAUCCUUCAAGCCAUCGCGAGCCAGGCACUCCAGUCUCUGCUCCACAGGACUGCAGUCAUUGGUGCCUACCCGGAGUACCAGAUACAUGGAAUGAACUUCUCUAUGCUCAGCUACUAUCAAAAGGAUUCAGAGAGCAAGGUCAAAAUUAA